UUUGAGGUCAGUCAGAACCGUGAAACUGUCCGGCGACUAGACGCGAGGAAAAGCUGCUGAAAAUCACGCCAGUUCAGAGUAACAUGCCAUAAUGCUGCCCGAAUCUGUUGGCGGGUGACUGAAAAGCAGCUCGGAAGGUUGGAUUUUCCUCUUGCUGGAACUAGCCGUAGACGUUUGCUCGAGGAAAGGGUUACUUGUUUGGGAGGAAACUCUUCCCGUGCGCGCUCUGUUUUGAUCGCGUUCACGGCGGAAUUACAACCGGGAAUCAUUUGCGUUUGGUUUUUGGGGAUUUUUCUGCCCUGAUCAACUUGAAGAAGAUUAUCUGGGAUGCACUGGCCGCUGUUGUGAGACCCCCCCUCCUCAAAUACGCCAGUUUGGAAACACUCUCAUAACUGAAUUGUUGAUCUUUCUUCUAUUCGAUGUUGAAAAUGUCGAAUCCUCCUGUGAAGUUCAAAAAGGAUAAAGAGAUCAUUGUAGAGUACGAGACUCAAGUCAAAGAGAUUCGAGCUCAACUGGUGGAGCAGCAGAAAUGUCUGGAGCAGCAGACGGAUAUGAGGGUCCAGCUCCUUCAGGACCUCCAGGAUUUCUUCCGCAAGAAGUCUGAGAUCGAGAUGGAGUAUUCACGAAACCUGGAGAAACUCGCCGAACGCUUCAUGGCCAAGACUAGGAGCACCAAGGACCACCAGCAGUAUAAGAAAGACCAGAAUCUGCUGUCCCCGGUCAACUGCUGGUACCUGUUGCUGAACCAGGUCCGACGAGAGAGCAAAGACCACGCCACCUUGAGUGAUAUUUAUCUGAAUAAUGUCAUCAUGCGCUUCAUGCAGAUCAGUGAAGACUCCACACGUCUUAUGAAAAAGAGUAAAGAAAUCACCUUUCAGCUGCAAGAGGAUUUGAUGAAAGUCCUCAACGAGCUCUACACGGUGAUGAAGACCUAUCAUAUGUAUCAUACGGAGAGCAUCAGUGCUGAGAGUAAACUGAAGGAGGCUGAGAAGCAGGAGGAGAAGCAGAUCAGCCGUGUUGGAGAUCCAGUUUUCCACAUCCGGCUGGAGGACAGACACCAGAGACGCAGUUCCGUCAAGAAGAUCGAGAAGAUGAAGGAGAAGAGGCAGGCGAAGUAUUCGGAGAACAAGCUGAAGUCGAUCAAAGCUCGGAAUGAAUACCUGCUGACGCUGGAAGCCACUAAUGCUUCAAUCUUCAAGUAUUACAUCCACGACUUGUCUGAUUUAAUAGACUGUUGUGAUCUGGGAUAUCAUGCCUCUCUAAACCGGGCAUUGCGGACCUACCUCUCAGCUGAAUAUAACCUGGAGACGUCCCGUCAUGAGGGCCUGGACAUCAUAGAGAACGCAGUGGACAGUCUGGACCCCCGUAGUGACCGCCAGCGCUUCAUGGAAAUGUACCCGACCGCCUUCUGCCCUCCCGUCAAAUUUGAGUUCCAGGCACAUAUGGGAGACGAGGUUUGUCAGAUCACAGCACAGCCUCCUGUUCAGGCUGAGCUCCUCCUGAGGUUCCAGCAGCUUCAGUCCCGUCUCACCACACUGAAGAUCGAGAACGAAGAGAUCAAGAAGACGUCUGAGGCAACACUUACCACCAUCCAGGACAUGGUGACGGUUGAGGAUUAUGACGUAUCUGAAUGUUUCCAUCACAGCCGCUCUACUGAAUCGGUCAAAUCUACCGUGUCUGAAACCUACCUCAGCAAGCCGAGCAUCGCCAAGAGACGCGCCAACCAGCAGGAGACUGAGCAGUUCUAUUUUAUGAAGUUUCGUGAGUAUCUGGAGGGCAGCAAUCUCAUCACUAAACUCCAGGCAAAGCAUGAUCUACUGAAGAGGACCCUUGGUGAUGGUUACCGGCCUGAAUAUGCAACUACAAGGCCUCCCAGUCUUCCUCCUAAACCGUUUGGCACACAGAGGGCCAGACCACGUUCUGUAUUUAACGUUAAGCUGUUUAAUGGCAAUUUGGAGUCAUUUGUUAAGGACUCUGGUCAAGCAAUACCUCGAGUUGUUGAAAGCUGUAUUCGAUUCAUCAACCUGUAUGGUCUCCAACAUCAAGGAAUAUUCAGAGUGCCUGGAUCUCAAGUUGAAGUCAAUGAUAUCAAGAACUCAUUUGAGAGAGGGAAUGACCCACUGACAGACGAAGAGAAUAACCAUGAUAUAAACUCAGUUGCGGGGGUUUUGAAACUAUACUUUCGAGGCUUGGAGAACCCUCUGUUUCCAAAGGAAAGAUUCAAUGAUCUCAUCUCCUGUAUCAGAAUAGAAAAUCUGUAUGAAAGAGCGCUGUAUAUUCGAAAGAUCCUUCUGACUGUACCCAGAUCAGUACUUGUGGUCAUGCGAUAUCUGUUCGCCUUCCUCAACCACUUGUCCCAGUACAGUGAUGAGAACAUGAUGGACCCCUAUAAUCUGGCCAUCUGCUUUGGGCCGACCCUGAUGCCCACUCCCGAAACCCAGGACCAGGUGUCCUGCCAGGCCCACGUCAAUGAGGUCAUCAAGACCAUUAUCAUCCACCACGAAACCAUCUUUCCUGACUCCAAGGAGCUUGACGGCCCCCUGUAUGAGAAGUGUAUGGCAGGUGGAGAUUAUUGUGAGAGUCCAUACAGUGAACAUGGAGCUCUUGAAGAAGUUGAUCAGGAUGGAGGAGCAGACACCCACACCAGUGAGGAUGAGGGAGAGCCCAUUGAAGCCAUCGCUAAGUUUGAUUAUGUGGGCCGCUCUGCACGGGAGCUGUCCUUUAAGAAGGGGGCAUCUCUGCUGUUGUACCAGAGGGCAUCAGACGACUGGUGGGAGGGCAGACACAAUGGCAUAGAUGGACUCGUGCCUCACCAGUACAUCGUUGUUCAGGAUAUGGACGACACAUUCUCAGACAAUUUGAGUCAGAAAGCGGACAGUGAGGCCAGCAGUGGACAUGGAGGAGAGGAGAAGUGCUCCAGCAGAGACAUGGGCUCUCCGACAGACAGCAGACUGCCUGAUGCUUACAUUAGCAGGCACAGAAAGAGAAGUGACCCUCCAACCCGCAGACCUCCGGCUCGCCCAACUGACGCCCACUGCCUCGUCCACCCGUCCCACCACAGCAGCCAUACCAACCCAGAUCUGGGCUCUCCAGUGAUGGGCCACUACAGCCCGCGGGACCUUCUGAGGGGCCGAGCACACAUGCCUAUGGACAGUCCAGAGAGACGCCGGCGGACAGGCCACGGCAGCCUGACUAACAUCAGCCGCCACGAGUCCAUGAAGAAGAUGGAGAGUCCACCAAUCCGCAGGUCCACCUCUUCAGGCCAGUACAGCAGCUUCAGCGAGUCGCAUGUCAAGAGUCUGGACCCCGAGAGCAUCGCACAGGACAUAGAGGAGACGAUGAACACUGCUCUGAAUGAGCUGAAGGAGCUGGAGCGCCAGAGCUCCGCCAAACACGCUCCAGACGUGGUGCUGGACACCCUGGAGCAGAUGAAGAACGCUCCCACCCCGGCCAGCUCCACCGAGUCCCUCAGCCAGCUCCAUGGCCUCCUGCUGCGGCCUGCCGGCACCGAGCUGUCCAUGCGCCGCAGCACCAGCUCCUCCAGCGACACCAUGAGCACCUUCAAGCCUGCGGUGGCGCCUCGUAUGGGGGUACAGCUCAAACCGCCCACCCUGCGGCCCAAACCCAUGGUGCCGGUGCCCAAAACUGGAGCGGCGCAGCAUCCGGCGGCUCCUCCACAGGAUCCAUUGGACAAAUCCUGCACCAUGUGAGGAUUUUUCAGGGACGGAGAGGAGAAAUCGUGAGAUUUGGACCACUGCAGUCAGAGCCAGAGUCAUUUCUUCAUUCUGCAACAUUUCAUUCGCUUUGGAAAGUAGACUAAAGCAAAUAUAGGUAUUUAAAGUACUGUGGUUCAGUCAUUUUUGGGGAUAGUUCACUCAAAAAUGAAGAUCUACUCACCUUUUAUUUACUCCGCUGAACACAAAAGAAGAUAUUUUGAAGAAUGCCCAUGGAAUUCCAUAAGAAUACUGUAUAAGUCAAUAGGGAUUGACAGUUGUUUGGCUACUUAAAGCAGUAGUUAACCCAAAAAUGAAAAAUUCUGUCAUCAUUUACUCAUUCUUCACUUAUUACAAACCUGUCUGACCUUCUUCUGUUCAACAAAAAAGAAGAAAUGUACCUCCAGGAGUCAUUGACUUCCAUACAGUUAUGUUUAUUACUAUUAUUUUUUUUUUUUUUUUACUAUGGAAGUCAAUGGUUACCUGAUUUUAGCUUUCAUCAAAAUAUCUUCUUUUCUGUUCAACAGAAAAAAAAACCCCAUAAAGUAUUGUAAUCACUUGAAGGAGAGUAAAUAGUGAGAAUUUUCUUUAUUUUUGGAAACUAUUCCUUUAAGUUCUUUAAAAUAUCUGUGCUCAGCAGAAGAAACAAACUCAUACAAGCUUAAAACAAGUGGAGGUUGAGUAAACGAUUUUCAUUUUUGGGUGAACCGUUCCUUUAAUGAGGUAGUAUUGAAUGUAGUGUGUGUAAUAUUCCAACACUAUUAUAGGGAUUAUUAAUAAACGUAGAAUUACGUCAGCCACUAAGCAUGAUUCAGAGGAAGAGCAGAGUUAGUUAAACUGAUGUUUACUAUCUCAGAGAGUUCGAAUUUCUUGAUUUCUGUGCGUAAGUGGAUAUUUUAGAGACACCUGCAACUUAAUGAAGCAAUGUAUGUGUAUCCAAAAACUUUUGCAUGCUUAUGCGACACUUUAAUACCCUAUGUCAAUAGAUUAAGGAGUUCUGACAAUGAUUUUAAAGAAAGCAACAAAUUCACUACAGCUUCCUUUGUUGUUAGCAGGAUUGUUCACCCAGAGAUUAAAUUUCGGUCAUUAUUUACUCAAGAGGUUUAAAACCAGUUUGGGUUUCCUGCUUGAAAUUAAGAUAUUUUGAAGUAUGUUGGAAACCAGUAUAUUGUAAAAAGAAAAUCUGUAAUUUUAUGGUUUAAUAACGUUAUUUAAUGUAAAAUAACAGCUGUUAAAUUACAGAAAUUUACCAUAAAAUAACGGACAUUAAGUUACAGAAAUUUCCUUCAAUUUAAUUUCCUGGUAAAUUUCUAUAAUUCAACCUCUGUUAUUUUGCCGUAAAUUUCUGUAAUUUAACACCCGUUAUUUUACGCUUUUUCUUUCGGCACCCCAGCUGCCGGAAAUAAAGCAUAAAAUUACAGAUUUUUUUUUUUUUUAAGUGUAGCUAUGGAAGUCAAUGGCUACUGGUUUCCGGGAUAUUUCAUAAUCUAUUAUUUUGUGUGAAGAAAGAAACUCAAACAGGCUUUGAACGUCUUAAGUAAAUGAUGAGAGAAUUUUCAUUUCUGUCUGAUCUAUCCCUUUCAAGGUGACUUUUUGUAUAUCAGUAGUUUACAUCCACUAGAAACACUGCUAAAUGUGAAUACUAAUAACUACGGAAACUAAGCAGGGUCUUUGGUUCCUCUGUUUACAGCAUUAGGAUUGUGGAAAAUGUGUCUUUACAUCUCAGAGUGUUUAAUUCGUCAGGGCUUUUUGAAGUGAGGAUGUGUGGAAUGCUAAGGUUUGGAAGCACACUGCCAUAUAAGGGCAUGUGAUGUCACAUCUUCUGCCCUUCCUGAUUGGCUGUUGAUGUUAAGUUGUAUCAGCGAGGCUUUUAGUUUGAAUAUUAUAUUUUUGAUAGUAAUAUUUGAAUAAACGCCCAGGGAGUUUGCGUAAAAAACCACAUCUGCUUAAUUUUGAAGAACGUUUUUUUUUUUUUUUUAAUUUACGUAUUUCAAGUACUUGUUUUUCUUAUUUAGAAUGAAAGAACUAUAUAUAUUGUGUAUAUAAAUGUACACUUUUUAAAUUUCAUUUCUCUUUUUAUGUACUUUCUUGUCAGUUUGGAACAUCCACUCACUAUAAACGAUAUUUUUUUAGUAUCUAUCUGCUUAAUUAGAUGUAAUGUGUGAAUAGUAAAGUCUAGCUGCCAAAAAAAAGAGAAAAAGUCAAGUUCUUCAAGUGCUGCUUAGAGUUUGAUGCGGAUAGGCUUUGAGGAUCUUUUCCUUGUCUGCUUAGCUGUCUAAAACGCUCGGCUCAGUUCUGUCCUAUAAGCAUGAACGAUAAUCCUUUUAGUUGUCAUAUGCAAGUACUUUUCUAGAAACUUUCAAGGCAAUAUUUCUUGUUGUUUCUCCAAACAAGGGAAUGAUGCCAAUAGCCAUGGACUCAGAGACUGUUACUGCAGUGCUUUCAUGAAAGAGUGCUGUUUCAUUGAACCCUUUGUAAUAAUGUCACAAACAGCACCACGCUCAAAUUAAAGGGAUAGUUAAUACAAAAAUGAACAUUUUCUGUUAGUUUCUCAUCUUUAGGCCUUUAAGAUGUAGGUGACUCUCUUUAAUAGACAAUUUUGAGAGGUGUAAAUAAUAACAACGGUCCUAACGUAAUUCCUUUUUUACAUUUUAAUUUCCAAAGCUGCAAGUUCUGCAUAUUGAUAAAUAAUGUUAUUAUAGCUAUUUUAAUUUUAAGUUAUGAUUGAAUUGCAUCUUGAUGUAGUUAUGAAAUUGUUUGACAACAAGCAGGAAAUGUUCAUAGGCCAAUGACAUGACCAUAUUGAAAUGGUCGACAUUUAAAUGAGAUUUUUAGCUGUAAAUGUGGUCUUUAGUCAUUCAUAAAAUGGAAGUCAAUCACCCAUUGACUUCCUCUUUAUGAAUGACUAAGACUAACCUGCCACUUUUAAGGUCAAUAAAACAUAAACAGGCAAAACUACAUUUAUAGACAUAACUCAUAAUGAUACAUUGAGAAGCAAAAUGAUGUUCAAGAAAUUAUUAUUAUCCACAUUCUUAUUAAUUCACAUCUUCAGGUUCGGCCAGCUGCUUGUGAAACCAUGUCUUAAUAUGCGGCAUCCCACAGGGGUCAGUAUUAGGACCAUUUUUAUUUUUCUCUAUACAAACUGUAACUCCUAACCACGAUUUUGGAGGACCACCAACACUGCAUGUUUUGGAUAUCUCCUUUGUCUGUCACACCCAUUACAGGUCUUUAAGUCUCUGCUAAUGAGCUGAUGAUCUAAAUCAGCUGUGUUUGGUUAAGGAGACAUGGACAAUGUGCAGAGCUGGUGGUUCUCCAGGAACAUGGUUGAGAAACACUGCUCUAACUUAUACAGAAGUCUUGCCAUUGUUAUGAGGGUGGAUUUUAGUUUUAAUUUCCAUUGAGUUUAGACAUUUUCUUUCACAAAUAAAUGAAAAAUCCAACCCCUCCCCGUUAUAUAUACUACCUCACAAAAGUCUUGUUGCCUAUCCAAGUUUUAGGAACAACACAUAAUAACUUGACUUCUAGUUGAUCAUCAUCAGAAGUGGCUUAUAUGAAAGGCAAAGGCCUCAUAUUCAUCUUCAAUGCCUCCUCUAUCUUACUCCAAACAUGCUCAAUAAUGUUCAUCUCUGGUGGCCACAAAUGUCUUGAUACCUCAGGCUGUUGAUGUUGCCAUCCACUCUGCAGAUUUCUUGCACGCCCAAUACAGAAUGUAACCCCAAACCAUGAUAUUUUUUUUUCUUCACCCAACUUGACUGAUUUCUGUAAGAAUCUUGGGUCCAUGCUAGCUCCAAUAGGUCUUCUGCAGUAUGUGUGAUGAUUGGGAUGCAGUUCAACAGAUGAUUCAUCUGAAAAAUCUACCUUCUGUCACUUUUCCAAUUGAUCAACAGCUAGAAGUCAAGUUAUUAUUUGUUGCUCUUACACCUAUUAUCAACGACAAGACUUUUGUAAGGGAGUGUACCGUGUAUAUAAAACAAUCAAGCACCUUGGUUUUAUUCACCUACUUAUUAGAAGGCCUGAGGGUGAAAAAUUAAAAGCUGUGUCUCAUUUUUAGGAGAACUGUUCCUCUAAGUUAGUCAGCCACUCAAGGUAUCCAAAGACAAAGAAUUACAUAUAUAGCGUCCAUCACUACAAUGUGUUUUCACUCCAACAUAAAAGAUCUGGGAUUUCGCAUCGUCAACUUUCACAUUAUAAUGACAAUAACUUACUGUGUCUGCGUGUAUGUAUGUGUGUACUGUAUUCACUAAUAAUUACACAACAGUUUACUCAUAUUUAGGUAGAAUAUGCUAAAUGUGUGGAUAAUGACAAAAUUGUCCACCUCUGAACCAAAAUGUACCUAACCUUACGAGAAAUAUAAGCAAUGCCUGUUUUUAAGCAACGUUAUAAAUAACAUACAAUACGAAAGCCUUUUGAUUACCAAUUUAUAUUACAAGCAAGUGUUUUAUUUUCUUUCUUUUUUUUUUUUUUAAGAAUGUACUUUACAUUGAUGUUUGAGAUGGUCUGUCUCUCAGCUAAAGCCUUGAGAAAUGUUCUCCCCGCUGAACUACACACCGUAGCAGAAUCUCUGUUCUUAUUUGCUGUUUAAUCAGUGUGUCCAUGCACAUCUCUGUACUAUGUACUUGUGAAAGUGCCUUUAAAAAAUGUUUUAGAGGAACUUCAUACAAACGUCCUCUGUGCCGUGGCAUUCUUACUUCAGAUUCAGCAUAGAGAGUGGCUAGGGGUUAUGGUAAAUAAAUUAUUACUAACGUUGUUCUGUUUAUUGAGUUGUAAGAAUGAUCAAAUAAUAAAAAUACUGCUCAUCCAUUG